AUGGGUGCCGAGUGCAGCAAUCCUACAUGUGGCCGGCCGGAGCCGGGCCGAUGUCCGGAGUCCAGCGUCCAAGCUCAGAGUUGCCACACUCCUCUUCCUCCUGAAUGGAGUGGGGACUGUGCCGAAAACCGGUGCGGAGAGUAUGAAUUCGACACCAGCCUUUUCUUCGAUGACCAUAUCUCGCCGCCUGACGAGCUUCUCCAUCCGGCAUUUGAAACGAUGCAAGGAAACUGGUAUCGCAAAGACGACAACCUGCACGUGGGCGAAGUGGUUGGGCACCACAUCGUGUGGCAUAUCAACUGGAAGAUGCCCUCGUAUAUCACGGAGCUGGAGAUCGUAUCGCCGCGAAUGAAGGAAUCAAAAGUGCCAGGUUCUACUAUGAUUCAGAUUCAGGUGAACAACUUCAUCACCGUCGGGGAGGUCCGAAAUGGCCCGCAGACGGCGAUCUUCUGGCAGGACGGCGAUGUCUGGCUGAAGAAGUGA